UUGCGAACGCCCGGCUUACACAAACUCCACUCGGAAGAUCAUACGCAGUCGUCGGCGAUACAAUAAAAUUCAAUUGGAAUUACACAGUUGUUAACGAAGAAGUUGAUUUUGGACAUUAUGUCUCUUCUCCAGUCUGGUAUUAUUAUAACCCUGAUGGACAUACUAAGUCAGUCAUAGCAGUUGAUGAUGGGCUGCGUGGUUGGAAGUGGACGAUAAGUCAACGAACGUGUCCACCAAGGCUGCUGUACCCUACAGUUCGCGUUAGCAAAGAGUCAGUUGCUACUUUGGUCAUUUCUAACGUAACAAACAAUGACAGUGGAUGGUAUGGAAUAUCUUUGGUGCUAAGAAUAUCACCUUUAAUCACCAACAAAGUGGAACUUAUAGUCAUUGCAGAAGCCAAUCGUUUUACAAAAGUACCACCAAGUCUUUUGUUUGUGGCACAAGGUAAAACAGCGCGUUUUGAGUGGAAUUACAGUUAURAUAACAGAAACAUCGAGUUCCAGGGAGACUCACCCGUAUGGGGGUACAUCGACCAAGACAACCAAUGGACAACCAUAGCAUUAGGAAAAAAGAACCAGGGCCAGGGAUGGGAAGUGGCCCUAAAUACUACUACAUGUCCUGCAAGGUUGUUAAACCCUACUCGCGUCCAUGUUGAACCAUUGGCUACUUUGGUCAUUCGUAACGUAACUAUAGCCGACAAUGGCACCUAUGGAUGUAGUUUAAAACUAAAAUGGGGCCCUUCAGUUACUAACACGGUGCAACUUAUUGUAACGAACUAUCCAGAAAUCACUUUUCCAAUUACACUACCAUCGAUGAUAAUACAAGAAAGAUCCCAAUUGGAUAUUCCUUGUUUGUCACGUGGUUUGCCAACGCCUAAUGUCACGUGGUUAAGAGUACCAAGGAACAGUAACUCCUUCAUGAGCAAAGGAAUAGGAAAAGCGACGCUAAGAAUCCAAGGGAUUAACAGGAAUCAAAGUGGGGUUUAUGAAUGUUAUGCCAACAAUAAUCCUAAUGAGGUCCCAGUAUUKACAAAGAUUGACAUUAUUGUAGUGUAUAAACCAAUAAUUGAUAACCGCUUGUCAUCUGGGAAUAACGUAUCUUCUAUUUUGGGUGACACAAUUCAUUUACGGUGUGCUGCAAGUGGUGUCCCUCUGCCUAAUAUCACGUGGUAUACAGCUGAUGGUAAAAUAUUUUCAACUGGGACAACGUCGUAUCCAGGUGGAAGCGAGCUAGUAUUGACAACCACGCGUAAACAAGAUUAUGGGAUGUAUAGAUGUCGCCCUGAGAAUACUGUUGGAGUUGCAUGGCAUAAUAUUACAGAUAUGCAAAUAUCAUGCAAAUAUGUCAAUGCAGUGGAAAUUAUCAGAAAUACAAGAGAUCUUUGGGCAGCAGCUAGCAGUAACAUCAUUAACGAACCGGUUAUUUUCAUCAUCUGGCUGAGCAUAACACUUGUUACAGAAAUUAUAAACAUUGUUCUCAUUAUCUUUAUUAAAUCUAGAAAGUACCAAAAGUGCAAAGCAAACUGUGACGCAAACCUCGGAAAAAAAAAAGCAUCUGAAUAUGAAACAAUGGAUCUGCUGUUUUCUCAUACAGUCACAUGA